UUUAAGAUAUUGGAAAUAUUUACUUGAACGGAUGCGAAUUCAUGAUGAGACUGGAAAGGACCCUAGCUUGUAGCAUUGUAUCUUGGAAAGACGAAGUCAUGAGAACAAAUGUAUAUUUUAUCAUCUGCUAUCACAAUUACUAUCAUAUCCAGGCUUUUCCCUGUAUACGCGCAAACAGCGGGUUCUCUUUAUAUAGACAAACGUUGCGCCGACACGGAAUACCAAAAACCCACGUGUAGACGCCCUGCCAACCGCCGACCCAAGCCAAAGACCAUACAAUUGAGCGGAAGCAGAGAAAAAGGGUAUCGCACAACGCCUAGUGUAAAGACAACACCAGACGACGGAACUUGAAUAACGAUAAGAAAAGCGACAAGCAAAAUGAAACAGGGUAUCCAGACGUGAUUGUGAGAGUCCA